UUACGCCACAGUAGCGCUCUGUUGCUAAUGGCUACUAGCUUUGUGUGUCUACUUACACGCUAAACCAGGAUGUUGAAUGUUGUACCUGCUAAACGUGAUAUCACAGUCAGUUUGUGGCGUGUGUUUGAUGUUUGUGUGCAGGAAGCAGCACAGUUUGUGGGUUCAGGGUGACGUGCAUCGGUCUAAACAGAAGCUGGUCCAACAGAGACUGAGUCGGCAGCAGCAGCUGCAGCAGCAGCUGCACCGCUCUGACUCUGUGCAGGGAGGCAAACAGGAGGCAGUGUCCUCGCUGCUUUCCAGCAUGGAUGACCUGUCAAUCAACACCGUGCUCUGCAAGUCAUAUAGCUUGGAUGAGAAUAACUGCAAAGAAGUCAGUCUGACACAGGGAGACGAACUGAGAGCACUGAAGGGAAAACGCCCACCGAGAUCAGCGUCAUCCUGCUCAAGGUUAAACCUGUCCAAGACUUCACACCGCUCCAUCCUCCCUCCCCCGAAGCCCUCCAAAGUCCACCUCACCCCUUCUUCUACUAAGACGCUGAGACGAAGUUCCUCUACCACCACUGCUCCGCAGAUCAGGAGUCCCUUCAGCCUCACGUUGUUCAGCACCAGGCCAGCACUGAUUCACUGACUUCACACUUGGGACGUUCUGGUCAUGAAUCAGCCCAGCUGAUGAUGGACUCGCUGGAGACUGCAUCAGCUCUCUUGCACGUUUAACCCUAGAACACUAUCGCUAUAAAUAGUAACACAAUCGCUAAUGCCGGGUGAUUUUUACCCGAUAUAAUAUAACCAAUAAAAAGUAAUCAAAUAUAUCAAAAUAUGACAACACAUGACAAAUUAGAGUGGUCUUCUUUUACUUUCAACUGUGCCAUGUCUAACAAAAUGAAAGAAAAACCCUCCUAAAACAAAAGAAUGACUCUGGAAAGCUGGUCUUUGGUCCACCCAUUCCUGGGACAUUUGAGACUUCCCUGGUGAAGGCACAGGCUCCUCGACACGCAAACAGCUGCAGGAGAGAGAAAUCAUGUAAAUGUAUUUGCUCGGGUGUAAAUCACCCAGCGAUAGCGUUCUCGGGUUAAUAGGCUGUAAAUGCUUUUUUAGCCCCAAUAACUACUUUUCGUUUCGACAGAGCCAACAGUUUGUCACCACUUUAACUGGUCACGUGGCCCAUUCUGUGAUAACAGGGCCGACACCAUAAAUCAUCACGUC